AUGGCAAACGGGGUAAUGAGCGGAGGCACUGUUUCACUGCAAACCGCCUACAGCAUGCACAAAAGCAAUCCACACCACGACAGCAGUCAUAGCAUACUGCUAGCCUCACCUGGUCCAUGUCGCCAUUGUCUACGACAUCAUCGUCUGCCGCAUAAUCAUUGUCGGGCACGUCAUCCUGAUCAACGCCGGCGUCUUCUACGGCAUCGUCUUGGGCUGGGUGGUCAUUAUCCUCCACGUCAUCCUGAUUAGCAUCUGCAACAUCUACGGAGUCAUCACGAGGCGGAUCGGAAUCGACCACGUCAUCCUGAUCGGUGA